CAGUGUUGUGUUGUAACGUAACUUGUACGCCGGUAUUACUAAAAUUAGUUUAUAUUCAUACAUAAUAAAUAAUUAGUCCCAAAAACUAAUAAAAAUGGACAAAAGCAAAGAAAAAGAAGAGCAGAGUAUCAUGGAUAAGUCCAUGAGAUCUGUCUUUGUGGGUAAUAUUCCUUACGAAGCCACCGAAGAAAAGCUAAAAGAUAUAUUCAGCGAAGUAGGCCCUGUGCUAUCUUUUAAACUUGUAUUUGAUAGAGAAACGGGCAAGCCGAAAGGUUAUGGAUUUUGUGAGUAUAAAGAUCAGGAAACGGCCCUUAGCGCUAUGAGAAAUCUCAAUGGAUAUGAAAUUGGUGGUCGUUCUCUGAGAGUAGAUAAUGCUUGUACUGAGAAAUCAAGAAUGGAAAUGCAAGCAUUAAUGCAAGGCCCUCAGAUUGAGAAUCCAUAUGGUGAGCCUGUUGAGCCAGAGAAAGCUCCUGAAGCUAUUAGCAAGGCGGUGGCCACACUCCCUCCGGAACAGAUGUUUGAACUCAUGAAACAAAUGAAACUUUGUAUUCAGAACAACCCAACAGAAGCAAGGAACAUGUUGCUGCAAAAUCCACAACUAGCUUAUGCUCUACUGCAAGCCCAAGUAAUAAUGAGAAUUGUAGAUCCAGCCACAGCAGUUACAAUGCUUCACCCUAGCAACCCGGUGCCACCCGUACUCCAGCCAGGUGACAAACCUCCUCCGCCAGCUAGCUACAAUCCACAAGCAGUGCAACAACCUGUACCACCUCCACAUAUGAACAACCCUCCACCAAACCAGUAUGGAGCCCGUCCGCCCAUGCAAAACAUGCCGCCGAUGCAGAAUAUGCCACCGAUGCAGAAUAUGCCGCCGAUGCAGAAUAUGCCGAUGCAAAAUAUGCCAAUGCAAAAUAUGCCACCUAUGCAAAACAUGCAGAUGCAGAAUAUGCAAGGCAUGGGAAUGGACGUGGAUCUUCGUGGGGCACCGCUGCUUGAUCAGGAUAUGCGCAGUCUGCCGCCGGUGCCCGCGCCGCAUCCCGUGCCGCCGCCGCAGCAAGACGGGUCGUUUCCGCGUGAUCCGCGCCUGGCGAACAUGCAGUCGUUCAGCCAAGACCCGCGCGUGAGAUCAAACGACCCCAGGAACCAGCCUAAACCGCCACAACAACAAAUGCCUCCUGGCAUGCCGAAUGCUGCUCAAGCAAGGACUAUCCAAGGAAUUCCAUCAGGAGCGUCAGACCAAGAAAAGGCCGCGCUUAUUAUGCAAGUACUGCAGUUGUCGGACGAACAAAUUGCUCUGCUGCCUCCGGAGCAAAGAGCCAGUAUACUUAUGCUCAAAGAGCAAAUCGCUAAGAGCACUCAACAGCGUUAAUUUCUAUUACUACAACUAAAACAGUAUAUUAAAAUGUAUAUGAAAAUAUGAUAAUUGAUAAUUAAAUAUAGAUAACA